AUGGGCUUUUGCGAGUUCACUGUGAAGGACGGCAUCUUCGUCCUGACCCUCGAUGGCGGCGACGGCGGUCACAACUACCUCACCCUGCAGUCCAUGGCGGAUCUCAAGCAAAAAUUCGAGGAGAUCCGCAGGCGGGCCAGGCCGUGGAGCAAGGGCCUCAUCACCACCUGCUCGGGCGGCGCGUUCUGUCACGGCGUUGACUACGGCGCGCUGUCCCAGCCGACGGUCGACGAGCUGUCGUACCGCAUGGCCGAGGUGCUGCGCCUGCUGUUUGAGAUGCCGUUCCCGACGGCCGCUGCGGUCACCGGCGACGUCAAGUCAUCCCUGGCCCUGGCGCUCGUGAUGGCGCACGACGACACGGCCACUCUGAAGGAGGCCACGAUCGAGAUGCCCGAGGUUCGGGAUGGGCACGACAACCUGCCUCCGUACGUCGGGGCGCUGCUGCGGGACAAGGUGCCCUAUCCUCUGGCCAGUUCGUCAUUGUUGCUCUGCUCGGAGGCCAUGAAGGGGUCCCGGAUGAAAUACUGGGAUAUCUAUGAUGGCAUCUGUGAUGACAAAGAGGAGGUGAUGAAGGAGGCCAUUCACAUCGUUGAAGUUAGAAUCGGCAAAAUCGGCGACGGCAGGGACUACAUCACCACCCGCAAGAGCUUCUUUCCAGAGUCGUGGAAGGCUGUUUCCCAAUUCCUUGGCGACCACAAUUAA